UAUAAUAACAGUUACUCAUUGACAGAUCUCACAGUUCUGUCAUAUCUUACGGAAUACGGUAUGUCACAGCGCUAUAUAUAUUAACCAAUUGCGUGACAGGUGACUUUUAUAAGCAGAUUUCGCGACAAAGCCGAAUUCAUCUUAUAUCCAUUGCUGAUCGAACAGUACCAAGAUGGAAACAAUCGUCGGAUCUGGUAGGGGACAUUUUUCAGAUUUGGAACAUCGUGGAGUUGGAUGUCUAUAUUUUAUUCUUGGUUCAAUUGGAGUGUUGUCCAAUUGUUUGGUAAUGAAUGUAUUCAUUCGAGAAAACGUAGUGUCUGCACCAAAGAAGGUACUGCAUAUUAACUUAUGUUUCAGUAAUGUUUUGGUGUGUCUUGGAUUCCCGUUUGCUGGGUUGUCAUCGUUCAGAGGAAAAUGGCUUUUUGAAACGUUUGGAUGCCAGGCUUAUGGAGUAGAGUCCUACACGGCUGGGUAUGCUGCUUUAGGUUUUGUUAUCGCCCUUUGUAUCGAGAGAUACUGUUCUGUGCGUUACACAGAGUUUUAUGAUUCGUCUUCAACAAUGACAUGGUGGAUGAUGGCCCUCGUUGUCUGGAUUACAUCCCUACUAUGGGCUCUCUUCCCAUUAUUUGGAUGGAGUUCUUAUGCCCCUGAAGCAUCUGGCGUAGCAUGCGGACUAAACUGGCUACAAAAAGAUACCAGUCACUUGACCUAUGGCUUGUGUAUUUGUCUUGGAAGUCUGUUCUGGUACGUUGUCGCAGCAGUCUGUAUAUCUGGGUCCAAGCAAGAGAAGCCAAUCGUUGUUACUCGUGGACAGGAGUAUGAAUGGCUGAGCAAUCAUCAGUUACGUUGGAUUUGCAUUGGAUUUCUUGUCUUCGUAAUAAUUGGAUGGGGUCCAUAUGGAAUGUUCAUGUGCUGGUCAAUGAUAACUGAUGCCACUGAAGUAUCUAGUUUGGCUGCGUCACUUCCGCCAUUAUUCGCCAAAGGAUGUACUGCUCUUUACCCUAUUGGCUACUUGCUGUCAAGUGAGAAGAUUAGAGACGGUGUGCUUGGGGGAUACUUAGAUGAACCCGCAAAGAAAGAGAAAUAAUGACUGAAAUGUUACGAGGUUCCAACACGGUCAAUUUAAGAUCGCAAGAUGGAAAUUUCCAGUUCUUAUUUUGUAUUUUUUCAAUUCUAAAAUUACAAAGAGGCUCUAAAAAAGUGAAAUUAUCUUUCAGAUAUAAAACACUUUUAGGAAAAUUAUAUAUUCGUUUGAUCGUUUUGGAACCUUAAUAUUCUAGUUGUCUGAUUUGUUCAAAGACUAUAUUGUUUUGCAACGAAUUAUUUAUUAUCGUGUAAAUGUAUAGAAUGCAUAAUUGUAAUUGUGGCUUUUUGAUGGAACGAUGUACAUUAUACUGUUUGUUACUCAUCAAGGAAAGUGCUAAUUGUAUAGAUGAAGCUCUAGACGAAAAAGAAAUAAAAUAUUAUAGAGC